AGCUCUGGACAGUGUCGAUCGGCAGCGCCAGCGGGCAAACGCGUGUGUAUUCAACUGCAAAAAAAAUACAAGAAGAAAAAUUGAAGAAAAGAAAACGCAAAGCAAAGCAUUUCACAAUUCUAUCAGCAAUUGAGUUUUCAUUAUCGACGCAUUUUCAGGGAUUAACCUUAGAGCACCUUCUUGAGGUCUCUUCUGCUUGUGUUUGUGUCUUUAUUCUGUGUAGUUUCAUUGUGUGCGCGCGCAGCUUAAAAUCAAAUCCUUGACUGAGUGUUUUGUGGUCGAGUGCGGCAUUGAGUGCAAAUUCCAGCUAAUACCGAAUACCGAAUCUACUGAAAUCAAGUUGAUUACCCUCUGUAGCCAGUUAACACGUUCUGCAGCCCAGCAACAAGCACAAGAUUUUCGUUUGUGAUUCUCUGCGAGCAGGAAGAGCACAUAGCCAGGCAGCAAGCAGCACCAGCUGAAAUGAAUCUCUUAAUAACAUCCGCGCCCGCACGGGCGUCGUUGCUCCAUUUCGUGCUGGUCACAUUGGCGCUGAUGCCAGCGUUGAUUUAUGGCCAUGGUCAUCAUGGCAAUGGCAAUGGCAAAAAGCAUGCCUUCGCACUAACCGAACUCGCCCACGGUGCCCACUUGGUUAUGGAGACCCAUUCGGGUGAGGUGCAUGUUCGUCCAGCUCGCGAAGCAUUGCCCGAGGAAGCAGCAGCUGCACCAUCCGCUCUGCCCGUGAGUGGGUCAACUGUGGGCGGUGGUGUUGGUGGUGGUCAGAACAAGCGUGUGAAGAACAAUAAUAAGAAAUCAAAUAAAGCACAGCAUCAGAUGCAGCAUGCCGGAGGCUCUGGUCGUCGCAGUGGCUAUAAGAAAUCCGCCCAGCUCAAUGGAGAGGAACAGCAACAGCAACAGCAACAACAACAGCAGCAACAGGGACACCACAACAAUGGCAAACAGCAGCGACAACUGUCCGUGCAGCAUGCGCAACGGGAGCAUCAGCAUCGCACAGGCAAAAGAUCAGGAGCCAAGAAGGCAACCGAAAAGGGACCGACCUGUCGCUAUACGAAGAGCUCAUGGACGGAAUGUGAUGCCAAGACCAAUAUGCGCACGCGUACUCUAUCGCUGAAGAAGGGCGAAUCCAACUGUCUGCCCACUCGAACCAUGCAGAAGGCCUGCAAGAAGGCUUGUCGCUACGAGAAGAGCCCCUGGUCGGAAUGCAUUGCUGGAGAGAUCACUCGCGAGGACAAACUGAAGCCAUCCGAAGACGGCAGUCCACAGCCUAAUUGCAAGCCGGUGCGCGUUAUGAAUAAGAAAUGCAAGUCUGGUGGAGAGAGGCAGACAUCUGGAGGUGUUCGCUCCACCAAAGAGCGCAAGCACAAGGAGAAAGGCAAUCGUCGUACAUCGCCUCAGGCUUAAGAAGACGGUCAUCAAAUCGUCAAUCGAUGUAAAUCAAAGUAUUUAGUAACAGCGCAUUAACAUUUUGUAGCAAUAAUUUUACACAAAACUUUUGACUAGCCGCAAGGUCAGUUCGAACAAAGUAUCCAUAAUACAUACACAUAAAAAUAAAUUGCUAUUUUUAUAAACAUUUUAAGAAAA